GGAGGAGACAGUUAAAAUCCUGCGGCAGCGGCAGUCAUCUAGGCGUGGUUCUCCUGUCUGACUUGGGCAGCAUAGUUCCUGCGCGGAAGGAGCAGAAGGACAGCUGAGGCAGCGGCAGAGCCUCCCGAUGGCCGAGCUUGAUCUAAUGGCUCCAGGGCCACUGCCCGGGAUCACCACUCACACCCUAGCCCCUCUCAGCCCAGACUCGGGGGAAGCCAGCCCAGUAGAAGAGGACCAGGGGCCCCUGGGGGGGACCGAGGGGCAGCCUGAGGGGCAGGACAGCAUUGCUGCAGAGCCAGGGGCCCCUGACGGGGAGGGCAAGGGUGAGGGCGAGGAGGAAAUCCUGUGUGACUUCUGCCUGGGGGCCAGCAGGGUGAGGGCGGUGAAGUCCUGCCUGACUUGCAUGGUGAAUUACUGUGAGGAGCACCUGCGGCCGCACCAGGAGAACAGCAAGCUGCACAGCCACCAGCUGACUGAGCCGGUGCCAGACAGAGACCUGCGCACCUGCUCUGCCCACCACUGCGCGCUGGUCGCCUUCUGCUGCCCCGACCAGCAGUGCAUCUGCGAGGAGUGCAGCCAGAACGAGCACCGGGGCCACACCACUGUCUCCCUGGAUGCAGCCCGCAGGGACAAGGAGGCUGAACUUCGGUGCACCCAGUUGGACCUGGACCGGAAACUCAAGCUGAAUGAAGAUGCCAUUGCCAGGCUGCAAGCAAAUCAUAAAUCUGUUUUGGUGUCAGUCUCGGAGGUGAAGGUGGUGGCUGAGGAGCAGUUUGGGGAACUCCUGGCCGCUGUGACGAAGGCCCAGUCUGAUGUGAUGCUCUUCUUGGAGGAGAAGGAGCAAUCUGCUCUGAGCCAGACCAACGGCAUCAAGGACCACCUGGAGCACAGGAGUGCACAGAUGGAGAAAAGCAAGCAGGAGCUGGAGAGGGUGGCCGCCAUCAGUAACACUGCCCUAUUCCUGGAGGAAUACUGCAAGUUUAAGAACAUGGAGGAGACUGCCUUCCCGAGUGUUUACAUUAGACUCAAGGAUAAGCUCUCUGGCAUUCGCAAGGUCAUCACGGACUCCACAGUACACUUAGUCCAGCUGCUGCAGAACUAUAAGGAAAAGCUCCAGGAGUUUGCCAAGGAAGAGGAGUAUGACAUCAGAACUCAAGUGUCUGCCAUCGUUCAACAUAAAUAUUGGACCUCAAAACCUGAGCCCAGCAGUAGAGAAGAGUUCCUCCAGUAUGCCUGUAACAUCACCUUUGACCCGGACACGGCACACAGGUAUCUCCGGCUCCAGGAUGACAACCACAAGGUCACCAACACCACGCCUUGGGAGCAUCCCUACCCCGACCACCCCAGCAGGUUCAUGCACUGGCGGCAGGUGCUGUCCCAACAGAGUCUGUACCUGCACAGGUACUAUUUCGAGGUAGAGAUCUCUGGUCCAGGCACCUACGUUGGCUUGACCUACAAAGGCAUCGAUAGGAAAGGGGAGGAGCGCAACAGCUGCAUUUCUGGAAACAGCUUCUCCUGGAGCCUCCAUUGGAAUGGGAAGGAGUUUCAGGCUUGGCACAGUGACACAGAGACUCCCCUCAAAGCCAGUCCUUUCCGGAGGCUAGGGAUAUACAUCAACUUCCCAGGAGGGACCCUCUCCUUCUAUGGCAUAGAGCCUGGUGCCAUGACUCUGGUUCACAAGUUUGACUGCAAUUUUUCUGAGCCAGUCUACCCUGCCUUCUGGCUUUCCAAGAAGGAAAACACCAUCUGGAUUGUGGAUCUAGGAGAAGAACCUGAGAAGGCAGCACCACCCUCAGUGGAGGCUGCUUUUUGUCAUCUCGGCAUCAUGGAAAACCUGGACUCAAGGUUCAAGAAUGCCCCAUAUUUUAGUUGUGAGAAGAGAAACGACUUGGUUCCUGUGUGCCAGAAAUGUGAAACGUGUAUCUUGGCCUGGAAGAUCUUCUCUACCAAAGAGUGGUUCCGAAGGAUCAGUGAAGUAUCGCAGAGGAGGUUUCUAGUUAGCAUUCUGAAGCAGUUAAAUAGCUUAUAUUUGUUGCACUAUUUUCAAAACAUCCUUCAGACCACACAGGGGAAAGAUUUCAUCUAUAACAGGUCCCGAAUCCACCUCAACAAGAAAGAAGGAAAAAUUGGGAAGUCCUCCUUGAACCAAAUGUUGGAUAAAACAGUGGAACAGAAAAUGAAGGAAAUCUUGAGCUGGUUUGGGAGCAGCACCCACCGGACUAAGGCAAAUUACACUCUCUUGCUGCUGCAGAUGUGUGACCCCAAACUACUGCUCACUGCUGCCGAUGUGGUCAAGGUCCUGUUUCUGAGAGAGCGGAGCACUGUCGUAGGGCUUAAUCAAAACUCCACAGAUGUAUUUUUCUUCCCCAAGAAAGACUUCAACCCCAAGUCUGAGACCUCACAUGUUUGUUGGACAGCCAGAACCAGGCAAACAUCCUUCCCUUUGUCCAAAGCCCCAGGGAAAGAAAGCUUACUGGGAAGUGCCAGUAGAGUCGAGGGGCAAUGGAAGAGUUCGCUUCAGUGUAUUUCUGAGAUGAAUAGGCUGUUUUCCAGAAAAUCAGGUGUGCCCAAGGCAGGCGGCCUUCCCUUUGAUCAGCUGGUUGACCUGGGUGCUGUUAGAGACCUGUCUUCGGGGUUCAGCCAAUACCGGGACUUCAUCCGCCACCUGCCCAUCCACGUCUCCAAGUACAUUCUAAGUAUGCUGGAUAAAAACACCCUGAACAAGUGUGCCUCUGUGAGCCAGCACUGGGCCGCACUGGCACACCAGGUCAAGAUGGACCUUUCGAUGCACACAUUCAUUCAGAGCCAGGUCGCCCUCUUACAGGGAACCUACACUAGGGGUAUAGAUCCUAAUUAUGCCAACAAGCUUUCUAUCCCAGUUCCUAAAAUGGCAGAUGAUGGGAAGCGCAUGCGUGUGAAAAACCAGAAAUGGAAGCUGAGAACAAAGACUGACUACAACCUGUGGACUGCAUACCAGAACCAGGAGACUCUGAGUGUCCAGAUGGAGGAGAGAAAUGUCUACUGUGGGACCUACAAUAUCCGGAUUCUCUCUGACACAUGGGACAGAAACAGAGUCAUCCAUUAUUCCGGGGGAGAUCUGGUAGCUGUGUCAUCAAAUCGGAAGAUCCAGCUUCUGGACAUCAUACAAGUAAAGGAGAUACCCAUCGAGUUCCGGGGACAUGCUGGGAGCAUCCAUGCCCUCUUCUUGUGUGAGGAGGAAAAAUUUCUCCUGAGCGGAAGUUAUGACUUGAGUAUCAGAUACUGGGAUCUGAAAAGUGGAACUUGCGUACGAAUCUUCAAUGGCCACCAAGGGACAAUCACUUGCAUAGAUUUAUAUAAGAACAGGCUCGUAUCGGGAGCAAGAGAUUGCCAGGUGAAAGUGUGGGAUCUGGACACAGGGAAGUGCCUGAAGACGUUUAAGCACAAAGACCCUAUCUUGGCCACCAGGAUCAAUGACACCUACAUCGUGAGCAGCUGUGAGCGAGGGACCGUCAAGGUGUGGCAUUUUGCCACGGCCCAGCUGGUGAAGACUCUCAGUGGCCACGAGGGAGCAGUGAAGUGCCUGUGCUUUGACGAGUGGCAUCUCCUCUCAGGAAGUGCUGAUGGCCUGGUCAUGGCCUGGAGCAUGGUAGGAAAGUACGAGAGGUGCCUAAUGGCCUUCAAGCAUCCCAAGGAGGUGCUCCAUGUGUCCCUUAUUUUCCUCCGUGUCAUUAGUGCCUGUGCAGAUGGCAAGAUCCGCAUUUACAAUUUCUUAAACGGGAACUGCCUAAAGGUGAUGAAAGCCAAUGGCAGAGGUGACCCUGUGCUGUCCUUCUUUAUUCAGGGAAACAGGAUGGUGAUCAACACGGAGAGCAAUAUUAUCAUGUUCCAGUUUGAGAAUAUAAAGUGGCAGUACUCUCAGGAUCGAGUGAAACAAAAGAAGAACAAGGAUAAAGAGGAGGAAAAGGAAGACAAUAGUCUUGCUGAUGCUGUCUCUAAGUCUAGUAUUCAGGCUCACAGCCUAAGGGACUCUGCAUCCAGUAAACAAAUUGUGGGCCAGGAGGCUUUAUCCAGUAAACCUCACAGGUCUCGUGUUCUCCUGAAGGCAGCCAUGUUAUCUACAGCAUUAAUAGCAUCAACUCCAAUUCAAGAAAAGUCAAAAUCAUCCCGAAAAGACAGCAAGAAGAGAACUUGUCCUGCUUUUAAGGAACCAAGUGACUUGGAUGAUGGGCAAGAGAGCUUGGAAGUAAAAUCCAUGGCGGGAGAUAAAGUGAAUGCAGAUGAUGUGGGAAAAGUACAAAAACAAAGACAACUGGAAACUCCUGUAGAAUCACUCUCUUGCCCAAGGAAAAAAGGCUGGCAUACCCCCAUGUCACCUGACCAGUUCCUCCUAACUGUCAACGCCCUGCAGCAGGCCCACAAUUCAGGGACAUUUGCCUAUCCCAGGAGGCCCCAAACUCAAGUCCUUGAUGCCUGGGGACCUUCGAUCUCCCACCCAAGGAAGGUCCUGAGUUUCAAAGGAAAAUCACUCCAGCAUGCAGUUGAUGGGUUAAGGCUCAUCAGCUCCACCACAGAAGUGAAACAAACCACCAUUCCUCUUGAAAUCCAGAAACUGCAGCCCAACCUGAAGAAUUCUUUGCAUAGUCCCAGACUCCAGUCCACCAUACCCCCGCCCAUGAUUAUCCGCUCCAGGCUCUCUGGUAGCGUCAAAGGUGAAGAAAAAGUGACCAGUUCUCCUGAAGGGGCAGUGCGCAGUGCUGGCCACUUAACCAGCAUGCACAUCAUUAGACCCAACCGCAUGGUCGCUCCGAGAGUGGGCACGACGACCCUGUCUCUCAAGAAAGAACGGCCUCACUUCUACACAGCCCUCAAUCCCUUUAGAGUGAACACAGGCUUCAUGUUGUUGACCGUGAAGGAGGAGAAAGAGUACGGGGAGGCCAAGAGGAAGGAAUAUCAGGCCAGUGAGUCCACUAGGGUAGCCGAUCCAGAAAAAGCCACCAAAACUGCCUGGCUCAGGAAGAUCAAAGGCCUGCCUAUAGAUAAUUUCACGAAGCAAGGGAAAACAGCGGCCCCUGAACUUGGGGAAAACACAUUUAUCUGAACCAGGCUUGGGAAAUUACAUUGUCUUACAAUAAACACAAAACCAAGUGGAUGUUGGGGAUUGGCCUUUUGCUUUGUUUGGAUGUUCCCUGGAAAUUAUUGGAGAACUCCUAAUUAUCUUCCCAUGAGCCUAAGAAUUGAUAUUAUCAAAGUGAGAAAACAGAAGGAGGCUGGGAGAGAUUGGCAUCUGUACUUUCAUUGAAAACCAUUCAGUGAAACUUAGGGAAGCCUAAUUUCAGUGAGAGGGAAGAAAGGGAGGGAGAGGUGGUGAUUAGAAGUUAGAUAUCACUCAUCAUUACCAAUUUAGCACUAUCAUUCUGUUCCAGCAAAUCAAGUGAUAAACUUAGAUCAGAAUUAGGCAUUGGAAUUGCCUAGUAUUUUUGCAUGGAAU